AUGACGACCCGAACUGCAAUAACGACCUGCAGGACAGGUCAAGGGGACGCUAUGGAGAUGUUAUACGACAGGUCACAGAGCACAGCCCAUCAACAUCAACUACGGCAAGGGCCAGAGCAGCCGGCGGUACAGGCCAGAGCCCGAGGAGGAGCGGCGCUUGCGGGCCGGGUACCAUGUCCGUUCAGGUUCCUCCCCGCUCAGUACGAGCAGCUCCUGAAGGACAACCCCUGCAACCGGAGGGACUGCGACUCCAGCGGGAAGCACAAGAUGACCUGCCAGCAAUGCGGCGACGUCUCCUAUCACGUCUGCAUCUCCCUCCCCAGGGACGAGUCGAAGCCUCAUAGGUGUUCACGCUGCUGGAAGAACAGGGCACCGCCACCGCCAGAGACCUGAGUCAACGGGACAUCGCGAACAGGACGCCAGCAACGUGAGUCAACAGGGGAUCAUGGACAGGACACCGGAUUUUAAAUUGCAUAUUG